UUUUUUAGUUCAUCGCUAAACACAGUUCGUGAAAUUCUAGCUUUUUGUUUCAGGAUUUUUUAAAUUUAUAGUAGAAGUUAAAUUAAUGUAAAAUGUGUAGUGUAAUUGUGUGAUUUGUUCGUCGAAAUUCUUCGUUAAUAUUUCUCCGGAAAAUUUGUUCAAAAUUUAUUCGUUAUUUUAGAAGAAACGAUGGAUUCGCUUUUGAAGCAGUUAUUUAUUUUAACCGAUGUUCCUCGCUGGUUUGUGUAUUCAGUAUUAGGAUCCGGAUUUUUGGCGUAUUAUUAUUAUAAAGUGGUCAAGCCUCCAGUGCUUCAAUGUUCCUCUGCAAAAUAUAAGUUUUUCUUAGAAAGUAAUGUACCGGUAGUGAAGGAGAAAUUCUGGCCAACUGUUUGGUGCUUCGAGUCGCGUUUACAGACCGUACUUGGUAGUGUGUUUCGAGGAUUCCCAGAAAUUCCUUAUAAUAGGGAAAUUUUACAACUAAAAGAUGGCGGAGAAGUCGCAUUGGAUUGGUUACAUCCGGCCAACGAUGAUGAAAAUACUCCGGUCAUUGUUGUACUGCCUGGAUUAACUGGCAGCAGUUCGUCGUCCUAUAUUAAGGGGUUCGCUUUAGCCGGACAAGAAGCUGGAUUUCGUUUAGUUGUAUUUAAUAAUAGGGGUAUCGGAAUUGAAUUAAAGACACCUCAGACGUACUGCGCGUCGAAAUCUCACGAUUUAAUUCAAGUCGUUCAUCAUGUGAAAAAUAAAUACCCUAAUGCCCCCAUCGGAGGCAUGGGAGUCUCUCUCGGAGGAUUGAUCCUGGGUAAUUAUCUAUGUCGCGAAUCUCCCGAAGAACGAUUAUUCAAUGCCGGAAUGUUGAUCUCUGUACCGUUCGAUGUAUUCAAAGCUACAGACAGCAUCGAACAACUAGGAUUAAAUUACUUGCUGAAUAAGCAUCUAGCCAGCUGCUUAACCGGUUUCGUUAAAAAUUUGAAACAUUGUCUAGAUGGCGAAGACAGACCGUGGAAAAUCGAAGAAGUUAUCGCGAGUAAAACUGUUCGAGAAUUCGAUGCUAAAUUUACGAGCAAACAAUUCGGUUACGAAAGCGUGGAAGAUUACUACAACGAUGCAACUCUUCACAAUAAAUUGGCUAACAUUAAGACACCGGUUUUAUGUUUGAAUGCAGCAGACGAUCCAUUCCAACCUUUGGACGAAUUAGCAUCCGUUAAACACGAUCACGUUGGAAUUUUGGUUACUGCCAGAGGAGGUCAUAUCGGAUUUUUAGAAGGCCUUUGGCCGAUUAAAAAACGCAACGAAUUCAUGCAUCGAGUAUUCACGCAAUACUUCACGGCCAUGUUCAAAGACGAUACGUAUAAAGAAUUUGCGGCCGCGAAUUAAUUUUUGGAGCGUGCUAUCUUCUCUUCGUUUCGAAUUUUUAUUUCUCUCGCAUUAUGUUUCAUCAUGAUUGUUUUUAUUAUUUUUGUUUCAUAUAUUUCGAUGUACACGCGCUACAUUUUUGUGUUGAAAAUAACCGCACACAGUUUAAUUAGUCAUUUAACGUGUAAAACGACGUUAUACCUAAUAUUAUUAUUUUUCAAAUACCUACUACCUAGUGAAGAUUCACAAAAAAAGUAAGUAUUAAAAUAUUGUACCGUAUUUGUAUGUAAUUCGCAAAUAAUUAUGUGCCGCGAAUUGGUUUUAAUUUUAUAACAAAUCUGGAGGAUUCAUUUUACCUUUUUUUUAAAAUAAUGGUCCAUUUUGUGAUAUUAUAAUGCUUUUAUUUAUUAUAAAAGUAACAUGUUCUAGUUUUAUCUCGUUUAUUUUACUAUGUCGAAAAUACACGAAUCAGGUACUUUACUUACCUCGAAGCUCGAUGGUUUCGAAAUCGUGGGUAAAUAUUUCAUUCGACAUGAUAUUUUAAAUGUGAUCGAAUGUUUACCAUGAAUUUGGAUUUUUCUUACGAUUGUUACGUAAUGUUAUUUUUUAAAAAAAUAGUUUUUAUUGCUUUGUUGUGUAUUGUUUUAUAGUUGACGAUACAUUUUACUGAUUUGGUGUUUUAAACUCCAACGAACAUCUGACGACUGAUGAAAUUUGUAUUGACUUUUAGCUUAAUUUAGGCUAAAAAAAAAAAGUGUCGAGUUUUCAUAUAGUAUCGCUGUAUUGUAAAAUUUUUUAUGUUUUAGCGAUUUUACAUGUUUUUUUCCUCCGUAUUUUAAAAUACGUAUUGUUUUUUUAUCAUGAAGAAUAUUUAUCUUAAGUUUUUUUCUGAUUUUAUAUAAUCGAGCACCUCAUCAGUUCUCAAGCUGUGUCAUGAAUUACUUGAAUUUUAUAAACAUUCCUUCGAUUA